AUGAACAACGAUGGUGGAACUGGCGGCAUUGUUGGAAGUCUCCCAAGAGCUGGAUUAAUGAAUGGAGACGCCACUAGUGGUACAUAUGGAGGAGGUGCUAGAAGAGGUUGUGGAGCAACUGGAGGAUUUGAAACGGGCGGAGCUGACGAUUCAGAAGACGUCGGGCCAGCCGAUAUCAAAAUGUCCGGUGAAAACGACGUAGAAAUGCAUGAAGAGGAGCCGGUGGAGGAGGUAGACGACUCCGACGAUUCUGAGGAAUCUGAAGACGAUGACGACGUUGAUACUGGAGAUGAGGACGAAGAAACACCAGAGAAUCAGAGACAAGCCUACAUUCCAGGACUCAGUCGACCGCUGAAGAAGGGAGAAGAGUUGGAUUUCGAUCCAAGCGCCUACAAAGUUUUUCAUAGCUUUAACUCAGAUUGGCCAUGCUUGUCAUUUGAUGUUGUGAAAGACGGACUCGGUGAUAAUCGCACUCAAUUCCCUGCCGAAUGCUAUAUUGUCAGCGGUACUCAAGCGGAUAAGCCGAGAGAUAAUGAGAUUAUUGUGAUGGGACUAAAGAAUCUGUCUACGAUGAGAAAGCAAAAAGAGAACAAAGGCGACGACAGCGACACUUCUGAAGACGAAUCUGAUGACGAGGACGAGGAGCAGUCGAAAAAACGGGAACCGAAAAUGCAUGCCGUCUCAAUUCCACACUACGGAGGCAUCAAUCGAAUUCGCGCUGACCGCCUCGGUGAUAGUACCGUCUGCGCGUGUUGGAGUGAUCAGGGACGUGUUCAGGUGUGGAAUAUCACAGAUGCACUCAACUAUUCGCAUGGAAUGAGUGGAGAGUCGAAGACUGAAGUGCAGAAGAUCGAUAGACCACUUUUCACGAAUAACGGAUCUGGAAAAGAGGGAUACGGACUCGCGUGGUCGCCGUUGAAGACUGGAGAUCUCGCUACUGGAGAUAUCAUCAAGAAAAUCUACUUGUGGCAGAUGAAAGAGGGAGGACAGUGGGCUGUUGGAGCCAAUCCGUUGACUGGACACAAAAAAAGUGUCGAAGACCUCGCCUGGUCGCCCACUGAAACCGGACUUCUCACCUCGUGCUCCGCUGACGGAAGCAUCAAACUAUGGGAUACUCGUGCCACGCCAAAAGACGCCUGCGUCUAUACCGUUCAGAAGGCCCAUGAAUCCGAUGUGAACGUCAUCUCAUGGAAUCGUCACGAGAAUCUGAUUGUUUCUGGUGGAGACGAUGGAGAGUUGAAGAUUUGGUCACUGAAAACUAUUCAAUACGGACAACCGGUCGCCGUGUUCAAAUAUCAUAAUGGACCGAUCACAUCAGUCGAAUGGCAUCCAGAUGAGACGACGACGUUCAUGGCUUCAGGAGAGGACGAUCAAACGACGAUUUGGGAUAUUGCAACGGAAGCGGACGGACAAACGAAUAUCGAAGGAGUUCCACCACAACUUAUGUUCGUUCAUAUGGGACAAAAGGAGGUGAAAGAAGUGCAUUGGCAUCCACAAAUCCCUGGAUUGGCUGUCAAUACAUCGAUCGAUGGAUUCAAUGUCUUCAAGACUAUCAAUAUUUAA